AUGUACCCCGACAGAAUAAUCAGUUAUUAUGGAACCUUUGCGGGACAGUGUAGUGGUGGGGAGGGGGUUGCGGCCGCAGUAGAGGAAUCGAUGGUGGCUGGAGAGGUCGGUGGAAGCCCGCAGCUACUGGAGGACUUCAAACAGAAUGAUGAUGUUAUCCUUGGUGCCAGUGUCCUUCCUUCGAACCGAGAUGGCAUCAGUCUGGUGGGGGAGGCGGUUGAUAUGUCUUUGCUGAUGAGGGAAACGGAAACUUACUGUGGGGAGCUGCUGAAGGGGCGUCCCCAUGGCCGAGGGGUUAAGAGGGUUCCGGUGCCGACCCUAGUGGGGGCAGGUUGGGAGGGGUUGUUCGCAGCUCCUACGUGUGAUGGGUCUGCGGCUCGCGAUGGGUUUUCGAGGAGUCUGUCGAGUACGGUGAGUGGGGGGACGGUGUUCACUGCAUUCACUGCGGCGACGACGACGGCAGGCUCUGGUGGGAGGGGGGUGAGGAGGCCUCGAUCGUGGGUCAAGGAGUUGGAGGUCUAUGAUGGUCAAUGGUUGCAUGGGCUGAAGCACGGUGAAGGGAGGAUGGAAUUUCGAGAUGGCGUGGUGUAUGAAGGGGAAUGGAGGGAAGACCUUCGUCAUGGAAGAGGUGUACAGGUCAUUGAUGCGGCUAGCAAGACCCGUCUGUUGUAUGGCUACGUGAAGUAUGAUGGUGAGUGGGAUGGUGGGGUUAGAAGUGGUGAAGGGAAGAUCGAACUGACGGAUGGGUCGGUGUAUGAGGGUAUGUUCGAGAUGAAUCAAAGGCAUGACCCUAGGGGGGAUGGUAGGGAGGGACAGGAGGACUCCCUGGUGUCGCUUUAUGAGGCUGCAGAAUGGGCAUGUGUAUGUUGGAGAGCUGGAUGCGUAUGGGAGGCCAUCGGGUAG